AUGCGCAAUUUCGUUAUAUGGCUAGCGGUCAUGGUGUGUAUGUACGGGGCGAGUGGAGCGUUGUCGGGGUCGGCCUACUCGACCAAACUGCGAGGCCUAAAAGUAAUGGAAAGCCGUCAAAAAGCUAUAGCCAUCGGUAUAGUAUUCAUAAGUGUAUUCCUAUAUUCUGUGUACAAUUUCCACGAACGGGCUAACCCGCCGGUGCUCAACAAACAGCGCAAAGUGCCCGUCCAGUCGUUCUGUAGCCCUACCAUGCCGUGUAAGGCCGCCAACUCCCAGUGCCUCAACCACCGGUGCUAUUGUCACGGGAAUUGUGUGUACAACGUUAAGCUACAAAUGUGCGAGUACCAGGUUAACAUUGCUAACUGGGCAUUUUUGUGGUCGUUAUACAUGUUUGCCGGUAUAUACGCGUGCUAUAAGUACCGGGAUGAUAUUCACGACAUGUUUUUCGCUCGCUAUGACCCAGAGGGACCCGAGUGGGAGUUCACACAGAGCUCACAGAUCCCGGUGCUGAUGUUCAAUAACGGGAUCAACCCAUUGGUCACAUACGUGGACACAGCCCUCCGGGACACCAAAACCUUUCUGAAGGGUCGCCGACUCUGCGCCAUCAUAUCGUACGCCAACCUGAGGCCCGUCGAGCACCAGGAGCUCCAGCUGUUGGCCACACAACUACGGCGCCUCAACUACGAGGUGGACCUCUGUCUCAACAGUACCGGCGCUCAGAUCAAGGCAUUCCUCACGAGACUGUUCGGUGAUAGUAGACGUCUGGAUGGCAUACAGGCGCUGAUGGUAUUCGUGUCGUUCAAUGGCAAUCGGGAUCACUAUUACGACGCCUCCUAUGACACCCUCGCGGGCAUUACCCAAGAUAUCCAUGAGCGUAUGUGCCGGUGCUAUGAGCUCCGGGACAAACAGCGUAUGAUUUUCGUGGAUAAUAAUUAUGCAUAA